CCGUGCGGGAGAUCCGCCUUGACGAUGUGGUAAUUCGCGAGAACCAGAGUGUUCGUCUGCAGAUCCUCCGAGACGCACUUGGUCCCAGCUGGGGCGAUAUCGAAUCGAAUGGCCUGGGAGUGCUGGAGUACGAGGAAGAAGAAGAUCGGCAGCACCUGGAUCAUCGAACGAAGAAACCCCGCCAUAGCCGCGAGCACGCCACUGAAAAUUAGGGCUUAUGGUAGACCUAAAAACAGAGCUAUGGAAGGAGGAGAAGAAAUGGCGUUGGUCGUCGAGUGCCGGGCGGGCCAUGGUGGAGAGCGCACUGCCACGAUCCUCCAACGCAGGAACAGCGGCGGCAGCGCAUCCAAAUCCUCCCAGAUUCGCGUCCGGAGGGAGAAGACCAGGAGGAUUGCUCCGUGGACUUGGAUCGUGCUCGCGUUUUUGCCAGAGGGCUAUCCAAGCAGCGUGAGCUCGGAUUACUUGGCCUUCCAGACCUGGGACACGCUACAGGGUCUGUCAACUUACAUACGAAGCAUGUUAUCCACUCAGGCUCUUCUCAGUGGCAUUGGAGUUGGAGCUGCGACAGCAACUGCGAUAGGGGCAACGUUUCAGUGGUUUUUGCGCGAUCUAACUGGGAUGGUGGGAGGCAUAGUGUUCACUCUAUACCAAGGCUCUAAUCUGGACAAUCGAGCGAAGCAGUGGCGUCUAGCUGCUGACUUCAUGAACGACAUAGGAAUGCUCAUGGACCUGGUUUCUCCUUUGUUUCCCAGGGCUUUCAUGUUCUUUCUUUGCCUAGGGAGCGCCGCAAGAGCAGUGACUGGUGUGGCCGGUGGAGCUACGAGAGCCGCUCUGACGCAACACUUCGCCAGGAAGCAAAAUGCUGCCGACGUUUCAGCAAAGGAAGGCAGCCAAGAGACCGCAGCAACGCUCGUCGGGAUGAUCGUGGGGAUGUUUCUUGCGCGAUUGACUGCAAACAACAUUGUUUUAAUGUGGACCUCUUUCAUGUCACUGACAGCGUUCCACGUGUAUGCAAACUACAAGGCGGUGUGUGCUCUGUGCCUUACAAGCAUCAACGCUGAAAGAAUGGCGAUUGUUCUACAAAGUUUUCUCAAAGAUGGAAAAGCUCCUUCCCCGGAAGAAGCAUCGGCCCAGGAGAGUGCACUGCCGAAGCCUUUCACGUCCAGAAAUGGCAUUAUCUUUGGUGCGAAAAUCUCGUCCUUGUGCGAGGAUGGAAGGUGGGAAGCGUGUUCUUCGGCUAUCGAGAGAUAUGGAACAGGAAAGUAUCUACUAGUCUGCCAAAGAAAUUCCAUCCAGGUGGUUCUACACCACACAGCAACGUCCAAGGAUUACUUGCGUGCCUACACUCACGCUCUUCUUCUCAAGCACAAGAGCGCGGACGAAGAUCUGUGCUCCAAAUGGAUGGGAGAGAACUUUCACAAGCUCUAUGCCCUGAUGCAAGAAUGUGGCUGGAAAGUCGAUCACGUCUUGAUAUCCCCUUUGGAAUGGAGGGCAGAAUGGCUUUCCAAGCAGGAGUGACGAUGAUCACGCUUCCAAUCGAUCAAUCAAAUAACAAACUAACCUCCAGGACAUCUAGAACUUGGA